AUGUCUGGUGCCCAACAGGCAAGUGCCCAACAGGCAAACAUCAACCAGCAAUACCAGCAGCAGCUGGCGGAGCAGCACCUGAUGCAACAGCUGCACCAUCACUACCAUCAGCAGCAGCAGGCCGAGGAGCUGCCGAUGCGGAGGCGCGCGGGGCCCUUGAAGAAGACGUUUCCGUCCAUCAUCUCGGCAACGAUGCGGGACCGGCAGGCGCGCGGGAAGAACGCGUACAAGAAGCAUGAGGACGACCUUACGGAUGAAGAUCCGGACGACGACCCGGAUGUGGAGCCGUUGGAGGAGAUGGAGGAGGAGAUGGAAGAGGAAGAUGACGAUGAUGAUGAUGACGAUGAGUAUGAUGAUGAUGAUUUUGACGAUGCGAGCAAAACAACUACUUCCUCCAUCUUCAGCUGCAAAUCAGAAGCCUUCGAGACGCGCGAGCGCAGAGCCUAUGCCAUCGCAGUGCUGGAUCGCCCCGAACUGCUCAUGAUGUACGCCAACACCACACACGACAGCCUCGCGAGCCAGAGGCUUCGCUUCACGGCCAUGAUGUGCGGCUUUGAGGAGGAGUCGGACUGGCGGAAUCACACGCAUUACAAAAGUACCCUGACGGUGGCGCGGGAGAGGGUCAAGAAGCCGCGCAAGCUUGGUAAGAACUCCAGGAGCGAGGUUUGA